AUGGCAACCCUGCUCGGGGGCGGGGCCGCGCGGAGGGGCGUGGUGACGUGGGCGCGCGCGGCGGGGGCGCGCGCGCGCGGCCGAGGGCCCCCGCGGGGGCGCGCGCGCAGUGAGGCCGCGGCCAUGGACUUGGGGCCCAUGAGGAAGAGCUAUCGCGCCGAACAGGAGGCCUUUGAGGAGACCCAGCUCGCCUCCCUGGAUCCCAUGAAGCAGUUUUCCGUCUGGUUCGAGGAGGCCGCAAGGUGCCCCGCCGUGGGAGAGGCCAAUGCCAUGUGCUUGGCCACCAGCACUAGGGCAGGGAAGCCCUCCGCCCGCAUGCUACUCCUCAAGGGUUUCGGCCAGGAGGGCUUCCGCUUCUUCACCAACCUGGAGAGCCGCAAAGGGAGAGAGCUGGACUCUAACCCCUUCGCUUCCCUGGUCUUCUACUGGGAACCGCUCAACCGGCAGGUGCGUGUGGAGGGCCAGGUGCGGCGACUACCGGACGAAGAGGCCGAACGCUACUUCCGCUCGCGCCCCAAGAGCAGUCAGAUCGGCGCCGUGGUCAGCCACCAGAGCUCCGUCAUCCCUGACCGGGAGUACUUGAGGAGGAAGAAUGUAGAGCUGGAGGCACUGUACCAGGAGCGCGAGGUGCCCAAGCCCGACUACUGGGGCGGCUACGUCCUGAACCCCGAGGUGGUGGAGUUCUGGCAGGGGCAGACCAACCGCCUCCACGACCGCAUCGUCUUCCGGCGCCUGCAGCCCAGAGAGAAGGCCCCGGGCCCCCUGACCCGGCGCGGGGAGGAUGACUGGGUCUACGAGAGGCUCGCCCCCUGACCUCCCCGCCCGGAGCUGGCACCGUCGGCCCCGCCACGGGGCGCGGGAGGAGAGAUGCGCAGCGGCCCUGCCCUCAACCCGGACCUACCCCCGCCGUCCAGCUGUUCCACUCGAUGCCCCGCCUGGGUGGGAAAGGGAAGGAGGCAGGGUGGGGCUGGGGGCGGGGGGGAGGUCUGUGCUCCAGUUAAACCCCUCUCCCCAUCCCUCUCCCCCCCUUCCCAGUUUUGCCCUUGUGAAACCGGGGUGGGCCGUAACCGUGAAACGCGUGGCCUGACCCCAUGAUGGUGUUGCGCUUAUGUGUGGAGGGGCAUGUGCAAAUAUGUGGGCUCGUGUGCGUCUGCGUGUGCAAAUCUGUGCGGGACACGUGCCCGUUUGUGAGAGUGUGUAUGUGCAUUCAGCAACCCCCCCAUCCCACCCUCCGCCACCACUUCCCCAAAGCCAGAGAAACGUCUGGCUUUCUGUCAAUGGCCGAGCCACGGGCUGGGCUCUGUCCAGGCUCAAAAAUAAAUGUUCCCAGCCCCUGA